GGGAGGUUAGAUAAUGUCACAAUUAGCACUAAUGAAAAGGAUGGUACAUUUUUAUUCGUACUUUAUACAGACCUCGAUUUAGCUGACCAAUAUUGUUGGCUAAAACAAUGCGGCACUUACUAAUUUUAUGUGUGCUGCUUAUGGUAGCAGCUUACAUUAAUGCUGCGCCAUAUAGUAAUGAAAUCGAAGAUGCCGAUGAGUUGUCAGAAGACAUUGACUCGCCUGAAUCAUUUGAGGAUGGCCUUUUGGAGGCAGAUAUGAACAAUCUUUAUAAGCCGAAGCCUCCGAAACCACAUGAAAAACAUUCGAAAGAAAAGAAGAAGCCUCAUGAACAUUCAAAGGAAAAGAAGAAACCUCAUGAACAUUCUAAGGAAAAACCAAAGCCUCCGAAGCCUCAUGAGCAUUCAAAGGAAAAGCCAAAGCCACCGAAGCCCCAUGAGCACUCAAAGGAAAAGCCAAAACCACCAAAGCCCCAUGAGCAUUCAAAAGAAAAGCCAAAACCACCGAAGCCCCAUGAACAUUCAAAGGAAAAGCCAAAGCCACCGAAGCCUCAUGAGCAUUCAAAAGAAAAGCCAAAGCCACCGAAACCUCACUCAAAAGAAAAACCAAAAUCCCAUGAACAUUCAAAGGAAAAGAAGAAGCCCCAUGAACACUCAAAAGAAAAACCAAAGCCCCAUGAGCAUUCAAAGGAAAAGAAGAAGCCCCAUGAACACUCAAAAGAAAAGAAGAAGCCCCAUGAACAUUCGAAGGAAAAGAAGAAGCCUCAUGAACAUUCAAAGGAAAAGAAGAAGCCUCAUGAACAUUCAAAGGAAAAGAAGAAGCCUCAUGAGAAUUCAAAGGAAAACAGAAAUACAAAAGAUGAAACCAUUGUGGAAAUAACCACUAUACAAAUUUCUACUGAAACAGAAACGCCAUCUGUAUCAGAAACAACACCAACUGAACCAGAAACAACGCCAACUGAGCCAGAAACAACUCCAUCUGUGCCAGAAACGACGCCAAAUGAGCCAGAAACAACUUCAUCUGUGCCAGAAACGACGCCAACAGAGCCAGAAACGACGCCAACUGAACAGGAAACGACGCCAAAGGAGCCAGAAACAACCCCAAAGGUGUCAGAAACGACACCAACAGAGCCUGAAACGACGCCAACGGAGCCAAAAACAACACCAACUGAGCCAGAGCCCUCUACAACUGUAAAACCCAAAGUAACAGCUCCCGAUACGGACUGUAAUGAAGAUGACGUAGAUUGUAUUAUUAAUGAUCUCGGAAUAACCCCUGAUUGGUUUGUUUGUACUGAAGACAUGGGAAGAUAUCCACAUCCAAGCAGUAAAAGGUUGUUCAUUUUUUGCCUCAAUUGGAAACCAUCGGUGAAAAAAUGUGGACAGGAUUUGGUAUUUUCUGAAGAUUUGAUGACAUGUGUUCAUCCGUAGAAUUGUACCUAUGGUCUUUCGAAGAUUGAAUAAAAUAUACAAUAAUUA